AUGAAGCCCCUGGUGGGCCUUGGGACAGGCUCGGCCGGAUCCACUGUGGUGUCUGGGCCUGGUCCUGCACCGGCCAGCACCAAAGCGGAUGUCGCCAAGCAGACUAAGUUGGACCUCCUUUUCCACCUGCUGGUCGACUACGUUUUGGACUUGCAGGAGCUGGGCAUCGAUACUGCCCUCCUGGCUGACCCGCUGGGUCGCACAAAGGUCCGUGAGACUGUGCUCCACGGGGCCCAGAGAUUGUCGACCCAGAGGCUUGGCGCUUUGAUUAGCAGCUUCAAGAGGUGGGUGAAGUUCUGUGAGGAGAGGCAGUGGGCGCCUAACGCCCCGAAGCCGUUCCAGUUGUGGCCACUUACCUGCACUGCCCCGGAGCUUCAGCCCUGGGAGCUGAUCAACUUGGUUUGCCUCUUCGGCCGUGCCAAGGGCAACCAUAAGCUCCUGUUGGCCUGGGUGGUGAUGGCGGCGAUCUCUUGUGUGCGCUGGGAACACCUGCAGCGCUCGAGCUUCGUGGCUGGCCACACCAAGUGGAUUGAAUUCCACUGCCAGCAAGGCAAAGCUCGGAAGAAAGGAGCCAGGCCCGCGUAUGGAUGGGCUCUGCCAGAAUUGUGCUGGGAAGGCCAUGGUGUUGGCCGCAUCCUCGAGGAUUUUUACCGGCAUGAAGUGCUGGCCACGGCGGGUUUCCUGGUACCAGCACUGCAGCUGGCUGCGGACAACCUCUGGGAAGUCACAGAGACUACCCCGCUGGUCCUUGGCAAGCCGAUUGUGGUUUGGAUACCCACUCAGCGAAAGGGGCGGCCUACGCUGGGUAAUGUGCUGGAGAUUUCCGAUGUGGAUGCGCAAGCGGUGGGCAACUGGACUGAGGUCCCACAGGGAGGUGGCCUCACUGCACCGAGACCCAAGGCUGCCAUGACCAUGGGCCGCCACUACGGGGGCCAUAAGGUGCUGCGCUCAGCGCUGGUCAAGGUGCGCCUCAUGGAGCGCUUCCUGGAGCUGUGGAAGUUGCAACGGCAGCAUGUGUCCCUCAAUGCCGAGGGCCUGCUGCCUGUUGACUCCUGGCGUUGGCCUGACUUGCAGGCGUUGCACCGGCAGACUCCUUGGUCAGCAGCCGAGCCAGACCUGUCCGCUGCUAUCACGGAUGCGGCGGCCCCGGCGCCUGAGCAGCCAGGGGAGGAGCAGCCGGACGACCAGGCAGCUACCCUGGAGGAGCCGGCAGGUGAGCCAGAGGCGGCAUCAGGUGCCUCAGGCGAUGACAGCACAGCAGCUGAAAUCAAGUGGUUUCGCCAGGGCACCAAGACGCACCUGGUGAGCGACACAUCAGAGAGUGACCGGCUGAUCCCGUAUUGCCGAGACAAGCCGUUUGACCAGGAUCCUGCCCGACGGGGCGUGGGCUUCGUGCCGAUGUCUCAGCCGUAUGCCACGGGGGCUCUACCUGAGUCUGGCGGAGCACUGCGGCUGGUCCUCCUGAGUCCUGAAUAG